AUAAAAAUUUUCCCACGAUGCAUACGCAGUACUCACCUCACGCUUUAUUUUCCAUACACUACACAUCACAGCAACACUAUAUACACACAGAAAAACACCGAUACACACGAGCGCACACGGAUAGAGAAUAGAAAGGGGGACUCCAAAAAGAACGAGUGGGAAAGAACGGAAAACGCAGUGAGAAUUUAGAGAGGCGGGAGAGGGAGAAAUCGAGAGAUAGAGGAAGGAAUCGGGAGAGGGAAACCGGGAAAGGGGGAUAAUACAAGGAGAACAUAUCACAAGAAGUGGAACACACACAGAAAUGGGGUAAAUCGAGAGAACGGAGGGAGUUUGAGAGAGAUUGAGUGAGAAAGGAAGAGAAGAGGCGAGGCUGAGGAAAGAAAAGGCGAGAGAGAGAUAAAGUAGACGGAAACUGACUUUUUCGGCGAGAACUCGCCGGGAAAUGCUACUGUAGCACAAAUCCUACCUGUUUUUCUCCGAUUUUCGCCAUCGCGGAGCUCGACGGAGCUCCGGCGAAGUGGAAAUAGUGAACCCAGCUCCUUUUCUGUCCAAAUCACAUCCAGCAGCCACUUUGUCCCCUUUUUCCAGCGAAUACCCGUCGGAAACCCAUGGAAAAAUGACACAGAACGGGUACGGGGUUUCUCCGCUUCGUGAUUCCGGUUUGGUUUUGGCAAAAAAAUAGUAUGGUUUUGGAGAAAAAAAGUAAUGGGGUAUAUCGAGGUCGGUUUGUUCGUGUUGGGGUUUGAUUCGAGGUUCUACUACGCGAAUUCCGUCUUUUCAUUCGAGUAAUAUUGGAUGACAGAAGCUCCAAAUUGAGGACAGCUGAUGACUGGAAAGCUCAGAAGGAAUUGUUUUAUCAAAAAACCGGCAGUCGUCAUCAGCCUGUCAUAGUCUCACAUCAAGAUGCGCGAGAAGAGAAGGAGAAGUUCUCCCAACAAGACGUAGCUGAAGAGCAGGACGACAAUGAAGACUUCAGUAAGGAACUUGAAGAAGUGUUGUUAUCUGCACAGAACGACUGAUAUCGAAGAAUAGGGAGAAGUUGUAUAAAACUAGUUUGUAUUUCAGAAAAUGGCAGUGUUUUGGAAUGUUUAGCUGUAAAUCAAGUAUUUUUCUUAAGACGUGCUCAUUUCUUGCCCCCAGUA